UAUGGACUUUUCAAACAGUUGGCGACUUCUGCCCACUGCGCGCUUCAGCAUGUGCUGACCCUGCUUUAUCAUUUUACAUGGCUUACCACUUUUCGGCUGAGCUGCUGUUGUUCCCAGUUGUUUCCACUUUGUUAUAAUAUCACUAACAGUUUAUCAUGGAAUAUUUAGAAGCAAGGAAAUUUCACGGAUGGACUUAUUGCACAGUGGCAACCUAUCAUGGUACCCUUGUUUGAAUUCACUGAGCUCCUGAGAGUGACCUAUUCUUUCAUAAAUGUUUGUAGAAGCAGUCUUCAUGCCUAUGUGCUUGAUUUUAUACACCUGUGGCCAUGGAGGUGAUUGGAACACCUGAAUCCAAUGAUUUGGAGGGGUGUCCCA